AUGGAUAGAGGGCCUUCGAGUAGAGCUCUUUUUGAUGCCGUGUGUGCAAACGAUGUAAAUAAAGCAUCGGCGGCUCUCAAGAAAGGAGCAGAUGUAAACGUUGUGUCAAAGAGAUUGGGUUGGACGUUGGUAAAUGAGGAAAUGUAUGAGAAAGUGACGAUCAUUUACGAUGUUGAGGUGGCGUUGGGAAGUUAUGGUGGUGUGUUUGGUAUUGCAUCAGCGUUGCAAGUAGCAUGUGCUAAUUCAUGGAUUGAGAUGGUAGACUUGCUGCUACAACAUCAAGCAAACAUAAACUAUCAAGAGGAUGCGGUUGGACAGACAGCUCUACAUUAUGCUUGUGAGAAUGGUCAUUUGUCUGUUGUGGAGAUAUUAUUGGCAGCAGGUUGUAACAAAGAAGCAAGGAAUAAAGAUGGAUGGACAGCUCUGCAUUCUGCUUGUGAUUGGGGUCAUUUGUCUGUUGUGGAGAAAUUAUUGUCAGCAGGUUGUAAGAAAGAAGCAAGGGAUAAUGAUGGAUGGACAGCUCUACAUUAUGCUUGUGAUGGUGGUCAUUUGUCUAUUGUUGAGAAAUUAUUGUCAGCAGGAUGUAAGAAAGAUGUCAAGGACAAUGUGAGUGUAUUUGUAUGCAAUAGUAUUUGUGUGUAUUUUGCGAAUUGAGAAAUGAUGUGAAUGAGUGUCACAACUCUUUACCUAAAA